ACGCCAAUAACCUUUACCCUUCGCAUUUAUCGUCCAUAUCUCUCUCUCUCCCCCUAUCUCUCUCUCUCUCUCUCUCUCUAGAAUCCAAACAUUAUCAUAUUUUUCUGGUUUUUCAUUUCAAAUUGGAUCUCGAUUUUGAUUCUGUUUCGUUCCCCCAAAAUCACCAAGUCAAACGAUGCAGCGACUCGUUGACAACUUUCUCGCUGUCACAAAAGAAUCUGUGAAGACUGUUACUUAUGAGUCAUUAAGUAACAUAUUAAGGCUGAUAAAUGGAUUGUCUGCACUAUUAUUAUCUAUAUUGCCUGGCAAGGCUAAUAUGCUUGAAGGAGUCCAAGGUUGGGAGCUCAAACCAACUCUGCGUGGCCCUAAGUUACCACGUUGGAUGGAGGAUGGGGCGUCAUCAUUUAACCACUUCAUUCAUGAACUAUCGGUGGAUUAUGAUUCAGCAUCAAGUGUAGAGUAUUCAUCUGGAGAAGACUUGGAUGAUUAUGAUGAUGCUUACAUUUACCCUUCUUCUCCAAUGACACCUUACGCAAAAUUCUCACGAGCACCAAGCUUCACCAAACGUGAAAGGAAUCGGGCUCAUUGGAUUUUGUCCAUUAUCAUGUUCUUUUUAAUUCCUGUAAGACUUUUGUUCGUGUUACCGUUUUAUAUGUUUAAAACCAUUUUCAUGAGAAGCAAAAGACCACCGGUGACAAGCCCUGGAAGGAUGAAGAAUUCACCAGCCGCCAAGAAAGGUCUGGAUCAUGUUGUUCAACGUGCUACUGACAAAAGACGCGGUGUUGUAGAGGAUCUCCAUCUAGGAAUAGAGAUAUGUAUAGAAACGGUGUUUGAUGGUAUUCACCACGCAGCUCAUUGUGUUCUUCAUCCGUUGGAUUCUCUAAUGAUGUUAUUAAGGUGGUCUUCUUCGAAUGGUGUUGGGAAAAUUCCACGUAAUGAUUCAGGCACCUCGGUCUCCACUGCCACUCUUGCUGAUACUGAUCCUACUCCGACCGUAAAGAAAAAUAAUUUAAGUACCAGACUUAAUACAGAUUCUCGCACGUGUCGAGAUGUAAUUACAGGAGAAGGGUACCCCUAUGAAGUUAUUAAUGUUGUAACAUCCGAUGGAUAUGUUCUCCUUCUGGAAAGAAUUCCAAGGCCGAAAGCGAAAAAGGUUGUUUAUUUGCAACAUGGUGUAUUUGAUUCGUCUAUGUGUUGGGUUUCAAAUGGCAAUGUCGGGUCUCCAGCUUUUGCAGCUUAUGACGCAGGUUAUGACGUUUUCCUUGGUAAUUUUCGUGGUCUAGUUUCUCGAGAACAUGUUGACAAAAGCAUUUCUUCACGACAGUAUUGGCGUUACUCCAUCAAUGAGCAUGGAACCGAAGAUUUACCAGCCAUGUUUGAGAAGAUUCACCAAGUGAAAACUCAAGAUCUAAAAUCGUUGUCUGAAGAUAACACAGAAGAAGAAAAAAACCCCGAACAACAACCUUAUAAACUCUGUGUAAUAUGCCAUAGCUUAGGUGGAGCUGCGAUUCUUAUGUACGUCGUAACACGUCGGGUAGAAAAAAAGCCUCACCGGCUAUCGAGAUUAAUCCUUUUAUCUCCGGCUGGAUUUCAUCACGAUUCCCCGUUUUUCUUCACCGUAAUCGAGUACACAUGUCUCUGGUUAGCUCCGAUUUUGGCCCCAAUCUGUCCGGGAUUAUACAUCCCCACCAGAUUCUUCCGGAUGCUGGUCCAUAAAUUAGCCAGAGAUCUCCAAAACUAUCCCGCCGUCGGCGGGCUGGUCCAAACCCUAAUGAGUUACCUAAUCGGUGGCGACAGCUCGAAUUGGAUCGGAGUGAUGGGGUUACCUCAUUACAACAUGACUAACAUGCCUGGCGUUGCUUUUGGGGUGGCGCGUCAUUUAGCUCAGAUCAAACGCGCGAGAAAAUUCGUGAUGUUUGAUUACGGGAGUCGUGAAGCUAACAUGCGAGUUUAUGGUACGCCGGAGCCGAUGGAUUUAGGGGAACGGUAUAAUCUGAUUGAUAUUCCGGUGGAUCUUGUUGCCGGGAAGAACGACAAGGUGAUUCUUCCGUCGAUGAUUAGGAAACAUUAUAGGGUGCUGAAAGAGGGAGGCGUGACUGCUUCUUAUAAAGAAUUUAAUUAUGCUCAUUUGGAUUUUACGUUUUCUCAUCGACCAGAGCUUUUGGAAUAUGUAAUGUCUCGUUUGCUUCUUCUGGAACCCAAUUUGAAGCUCAGGCAGUUGAAAAUGAAGAUGAAAAAAUGUUAAAACGAUAGAGGUUAGUUGUUGAUUGAACCUUUUGUGUUUUUUAGCUAAGUCAUAACUCUCUGAAACUAGAAGUUAGAUAUGGUUCUCUGUAUAUAUAUGAUAUGUGUAUGUAUAUUAUAUAUCUAUAUCUCAUCCAUCCAUUCUCCCUCUAUUUUUUAUGGGGAUGGAGAUAGAUGCUUGGUGAGUAA